AAGUGUUUGACUGCUAGCUUUCACUACACUCACUCCUCUCUGUAAUAAUAACCACCACACCUUUCUUUUCAGACAUCUCUAGGGUUUCGUUCUCUCUUCUUGAUGACUCCCUCAAUGGCGAGUCUCUCCACAUUCCUCUCGAUUCUCCUCCUCCUCUCUCUCCCUCUUCCCUCAACCCAAGACCUCGCCGCCGACAAAUCCGCCCUCCUCUCCCUCCGCUCCGCCGUCGGCGGCCGCACAUCCCACUGGAACACCGAACAAACCACGCCAUGCAACUGGACCGGCGUCGCCUGCGACGCCGCCACCAACCGCGUAACCGCCCUCCGCCUCCCCGGCUUCGCCCUCUCCGGCAACAUUCCCGAGGGUAUUUUCGGAAACUUAACGAAUCUCCGCACACUCAGCCUCCGCCUCAACGCGCUAACCGGCGCUCUCCCUACGGAUCUCGCCGCCUGCUCCGACCUCCGGCGUCUCUACCUCCAAGGAAACAGAUUCUCCGGAGAGAUUCCACCCCUCCUGUUCGGUCUAAGCAACCUCGUGAGGCUGGAUCUCGGGGAGAACGAGUUCACGGGAGAGAUCUCCUCGGGGUUCAAGAACCUCACGAGGCUCAAGACUCUGUUCUUGGAGAACAACAAGCUCUCUGGGCCUCUUCUUGAUUUGGGCUUGGGCUUGGGCUUGGAUCAGUUCAACGUCUCUAACAACUUGUUGAACGGAUCUAUACCGAAGAGUCUUCGGAAGUUUGGUUCUGAUUCUUUCCUCGGGACUUCGCUCUGCGGUAAGCCGCUCGGUGUUUGUAGUGACGAAGGGACUGUGCCGAGUCAGCCUAUCUCCGUCGGGAACAUUCCCGGAAAGAGAAAGAGGAAGCUCUCCGGCGGAGUGAUAGCCGGGAUUGUGAUCGGUUGCGUGGUUGGCUUCUUCUUGAUCGUUCUUGUUUUGAUGGUUCUCUUCCGGAAGAAGGAAGACGAGAGAACAAGAGACAUCAAGCAGCUUGACAUCGAAGUUCCGGAGGAGAAGACGACGGCGGUGGAAGCAAAUGAGCCAUCCACGGCGGCGGCGACGGCGACCGCGACGAAAGCGGUGGAAGUGAACAGCUCAGGGACGGCGAGGAAGUUAGUGUUCUUCGGGAACGCGACGAAGGUUUUCGAACUGGAGGAUCUGCUGAGAGCUUCGGCGGAGGUUCUUGGGAAAGGGACGUUCGGGACGGCGUACAAGGCGGUGCUUGACGCCGCGACGUUGGUGGCUGUGAAGAGGCUGAGGGAUGUGACGGUGGGGGAUAGAGAGUUCAAGGAGAAGAUUGAGGUUGUUGGGGCGAUGGAUCAUGAGAACUUGGUGCCGUUGAGAGCUUAUUAUUACAGUGGAGAUGAGAAGCUGCUUGUGUAUGACUUCAUGCCUAUGGGAAGCUUGUCUGCUCUCUUACACGGAAACAAAGGCGCAGGACGGAGUCCACUAGACUGGGAAGUCCGAGCACGUAUCGCUCUUGGAGCAGCUCGUGGACUAGACUAUCUACACUCGCAAGACCCAUUGAGCUCUCACGGAAACGUCAAGUCUUCCAACAUCCUCUUAACGAACUCACACGACGCACGGGUCUCUGAUUUCGGUUUGGCUCAGCUAGCCGGUUCCUCAUCCACGACACCAAACCGGGUUACCGGGUACCGUGCGCCGGAAGUAACUGACCCUAGUCGUGUCUCCCAGAAAGCGGAUGUGUAUAGUUUUGGUGUGGUGCUGCUAGAGCUGCUCACGGGGAAGGCGCCGUCUAACUCGGUGAUGAAUGAGGAAGGGAUGGACUUGGCGAGGUGGGUGCAUUCGGUGGAGAGGGAAGAGUGGAGGAGUGAGGUUUUUGACUCGGAGCUGGUGAGUUCGGAGACGGUGGUGUCUGUGGAAGGAGAGAUGGAGGAAAUGCUGCAGCUGGGGAUUGAGUGUACGGAGCAGCACCCUGACAAGAGGCCAGUGAUGACGGAGGUGGUGAGGAGGAUCCAGGAGUUGCGCCUACCGGGUUCGGAUCUGGUGGGCUAGACCAUUGGAUUGGAGAAGCUUCAGAGGCUUAUGAUGGAUGUCUUUAAGGAAUCUUUGCUGUUUAAAUGUUGGUUUAAGAGUAUGGCAGGGAAUUAGAGUUGAGGUCGUUAAUUAGAUGUUCUUAAUUUUGUUUUUUUUUUCUUUCUUAAUUUUAUUCUCAUGUGUGGGCACUGAUGAUGAGGAGUUCGUUGUGGUUGUAAUUAUUAUUGCUUUUUAACUUUAACUUUGUUUCAGUAUUGUUUCAGCC